AAAUAACAGCUUAGCAAAGAAGCGACUUCACGAAGAAGCGAUUUAGUGAAAUCGUCUCAAGCUGCCGCAGCUCAGCCAGUUUAAUCACCCCCAGAGAGCUGAACAACUGCGAGCACAAUGGGGCACAAAAUCAUUUUGUGUGUAAAUGAGCGUGGCAUUCUGCUCGCUUCCCUCUGCUCUGGCGGGCGGGGCUUGGCAGCGGGCGGGCGUGGGACCCGGGGCUCCCGCCUCUGCUCGGAGAAGCGGGUCCAUACCCCUCCAGUUUGGAAACCGGCCGGGCCGUGGAGCCCGGUACCGCCGAGGCCCCUGCAACAGGCGGUCUUGGCCGACCUCGGGAGGGCCGUGGCGCGCUGGGGCUGGCUGGGUUGUGGGUUUGAUGCGGGUGCUGGCGGAAUGAACUUGUGUCUCUUCCUGCACCCACUUUGUGCUUCUGACCUCAGCAGUGGUGUCGGGGAAAGGGUCCUUGUCCAGCACAGAUGCGUUUGUCGGAGGGAGCAGUGGAGGUUCGCGUCAAGGCGUACAGCCUGGGGCUUCCAAUGAUGUUCUGGGCAGCGAUGGAAGCCUAGAUGCCUCACCGCAAGGAGCGGCCGAGCGGGUCCUCGCUUCACGCCCACGGCAGCACCGGCACGGCGGAGGGAGGAAGCAUGUCUCGGUUGUCUCUUACCCGGUCGCCUGUGUCUCCCCUGGCCGCCCAGGGGAUCCCGCUGCCAGCCCAGCUCACGAAGUCCAAUGCGCCUGUGCACAUCGACGUGGGCGGCCACAUGUACACCAGCAGCCUGGCCACACUCACCAAGUACCCAGACUCCAGAAUAAGCCGCCUCUUCAAUGGCACCGAGCCGAUUGUCCUGGACAGUUUGAAGCAACACUAUUUCAUCGACCGGGAUGGGGAGAUUUUCCGCUACGUCCUGAGCUUCCUGCGGACGUCCAAACUGCUGCUUCCUGAUGACUUCAAGGACUUCAGCCUACUGUACGAGGAGGCGCGCUACUACCAGCUGCAGCCCAUGGUGCGCGAGCUGGAGCGCUGGCAGCAGGAGCAGGAGCAGCGGCGCCGCAGCCGGGCCUGCGACUGCCUGGUGGUGCGCGUCACGCCGGACCUGGGCGAGCGGAUCGCGCUCAGCGGCGAGAAGGCCCUCAUCGAGGAGGUCUUCCCCGAGACCGGGGACGUCAUGUGCAACUCGGUCAACGCUGGUUGGAACCAGGACCCCACGCACGUCAUCCGCUUCCCGCUCAACGGCUACUGCCGGCUCAACUCGGUGCAGGUCCUGGAGAGGCUCUUCCAGAGGGGUUUCAGCGUGGCCGCAUCCUGCGGGGGGGGCGUGGACUCCUCCCAGUUCAGCGAGUAUGUGCUUUGCCGUGAGGAGCGGCGACCACAGCCCACCCCCACUGCUGUCCGAAUAAAGCAGGAGCCCCUGGACUAGGCCCUGCCUCAGUGUCUACCUGAGGCCCCUUGGCCCUAGGGACACCCCCAGGGACCUGGGAACAGCGCUGGGGAGUUCUGCCUACGCCUGCUUAGCGGUGGGCAUGAGACUGAGGGUGGGGCCGGAGGGUCCAGAGCCCGCCUGGGGAGCCCCAAGGCCCGGGGCGUCAUGACAACAGAACGUGGGAUGCUGGAGGCAUGCCCACCAGAGGACCGUGGAUGUGACCCAAAGUUGCCGAGGUGGGAACUCCGCCGCCAGUCAUCUGCGCCCCUCGGCUCCCAGCCUGGUACAGCACCCUGGAGGCUCUGCACGUGCCGAGGCGGGGUCAGCAGAGGCCGCCCCGGUCCACUCCAGAGGAGCGGUCCGUCUUUCUCCACGCGGCAGACUCCAGUGGGUCUCCUUGCGUCAGAGAUGGCUUAUUUUUCUACAGUAUUUAAGACGGAAGUAACUGUCAGUGCACAAGUCACAGAGGCCUACAAGGACCCCUGCUUCUUCAUCUGGUGCUCAGAUCAAUGGGACGCGGCGGCACGGCCACGUGGGGGGCGGUGGCAGAGCUGCGGGACCCUCUGCCCGGGUUCCUGCAGAACGGGGCUUGGAGACCCCUGGUCCCUGCUCUAGGGAUGGAGGGCCCCCAAGGCAGUGCUAUCGGGGCUGAAACACGGCCCCCACGGGGUGGGCCCACUGGGAGGAGGGUGGUACGGGCAUGGGGGAGGGACCACUCUGGGACCUUUCGAGACCCUGUCUUUGCUGCCACUUGGGGCACAGGCUACACUUGAGUGUCACUUGACCUGCUCAUGCCCGGGGGCUUUGGUUCCCAUCUGUGUGCGCCCACACGGGCUCCGAGAGAAGUCACUCCCCAUCGGGAUCAGCACCGAGGCCACACUGCAUCCUUACCUCAGGAAUGGGCCCCACGGUGAAGGAGCCCAUCUGUCAGCAACAUCCUCUGGGUCCCCAGCUCAGGAAGCCGUCCCCCACUCUGAUUUUCCCACACUCACCUGCAUACUGAAUUUUUAAUUAAACUGUGGUUACACUAGUCUGCCAGUAAGGCCCAGACAGUCAGACCUUGGGUUCUUGGCCCCAGAUUCCAAUGAGGACUGCCCGCGAGAGUCCUCGCAGACCUGCUGCCUCCCAGACGACAGGCCCAAAGAUGGAUACCCCCUGUCCUGUCACACUUCCCCUCCCCUCCCCUCCCCAGAUGACUCUUCCCCAGGGGGUAGAGAGACUGCAGAGAACUGCUGGGCGGGUGGGGCGUCCCGGCCGGCCCCGCCCCUUGUACGAUGCCCGUAGACUUGUAUAUGACUCCUUUAAUAUUGUAAAGAUGCUAAUGUACAAUUGUCGUGUGUUUGUGCAAACACAUUAUGUUUCUAGUUCAUGCCAUAAAUGAUGCUAUAAAGCGAAAGACUGAGGCUCCGUCCUGUGCCGAAGCGGGCAGCCAGAUUCCAGCAUUCCGUGCCCAGCAGGGAGGUUUGGGGAUGAGAUUCCUUGGGUUCCAGGGAGGGAAAACCGGCGGCAGUAGUUGGGGGAGGGGCAGGGACAAGGGUCCCGAGCUGGCGUUAUUUAUUGCUUUGGGGUGUUUCCUCACGGCUGUACCUGUCCCCUCUGGGCAGCACAGUUUCUGAAUUCUGAUUCACAGCCCCUAACCAGGUGCAAGCUGGGGGAAGGCAGACCAAAGAUGUCCGGAGGAGCUUUUGAUCCCGGUUUUCAGUGUUUGUGAUUUUUCCCUCUGGUUUUUUUGGUUGAGGGUUGACGUCCUCUUUAGAGCACCACAGAGCGGUAAGGAGAAGGUGGCAGUCCCUGGCCCAGGUCAGCCUGGGGACAUGCAGCUGGCGACAGCAGGGAGUACUGCAGGUCCCCCUAGAUCGGGGUUGGGGGGGAGGGACAGGGAGGAGUUGGAACGUCUUCACAAGACGUCCACUUUUAAUGAGCCUGUUUGUAUUUUCCCUCCAAGUCCUGCUUUUCUAACUGAGCAAGGGCCUUUUCCCCUGCUGGUAGGGGCCACCAACCUCGCCCUGCCUGGAGGGCAUGUGCAGCCCGCUGCUCAGAGGCCACAAAGCUGUUGCCAUCCCACCAUACAGUGAAUUUGCUGGACAGACUUGCCAGCCUUUGCUCAGCAACAUGCCUACAGUUGGCACAUGGGCAUUUUGGCUUCUGAGGUUCACAUCUGAGAGGAGGAGAAAGUGUUUAUUAAAAAGGAAGUCUGGUGAAAACAGCUCAGUGGCGCGUGCGUUUAUGGAUUUUUCUGGUAUGAUAGCUAGCAUAGUUGCCCGUUGAUGGAGAUCCCCUAACAUUUUCAAGCAAACAAUCUUUGAUUAAACCAUUGUGCUUAAAAAAAAUAAAAAAUAAAAAAAUAAAAAGAGUAACUACCUUACUGGAUGUUACUCUUAAUUAUUUCCUUACUAAUUAAGUCAAACCAGGAAGUUUGAUUUUAUAUAAUCUAGGGAAUUUCUAAAUUUGUAAAUACUGUGUUCCCAAAGUAAUGCUAAAAUUCUAAGAUAGUCCCCAUGAACAAUAAGUAAAAA